CCACCCACACACAGCACACGCACGUGCUCCUGCACACUAUUACAUGCUUGUCAAUCUUAAUUGUUGAUAUGAGAUGAAAGCUAAUUUGUAAAACCGUUUUACAUCUCGUGCAUUUCCACAUUUCUCUUUCCUUUUAUGUGUUCGACCUUGCUGCAUUAGUUCUGCAAUUUUUUAUCUAGUCAUGAGAUGUACGAGUUUUUGCAAUUGUAAUUAUUGGCUGGGUGUUUGAUCUGCGAUUGGAAAUUUCUGUUUACACAGAUUACUUACCGGGUCAAUCCUAGCCCAUGAGAUGAUGCAUGCUUGGAUGCGACUUCAAGGUUUCCGUACUCUGAAUCAAGAUGUUGAGGAAGGCAUUUGUCAGGUUUUAGCACACAUGUGGUUAGAUGCCCAGCUCAGGUCCAGUUCAGGCAAUAAUGUUGCAUCAACCUCAUCCUCCAAAAAUUCAAGGAGGCAGACAAGAUCGAAAUUUGAGAGAAAGCUAGGAGAAUUUUUUAAGCACCAGAUCGUAUCAGACGCUUCCCCAGUGUAUGGAGAUGGAUUCAGAGCAGGGCAGGUGGCAGUAAAUAAAUAUGGGCUUGGAAGGACCCUGGAUCAUAUCCGCAUGACUGGGAGAUUUCCAUACUGAACUUGUACAAGUAUCCAACAUUCUUUCAACUCUGCUUCUUUUUUCUUUUGACACAGUUGAACCGAGGCCCUAGCAUGUAGGAAUCAAAACUCUGUAGAUUAGUUUCUUAAGAGUUACUGAUUUUUGCGCCCUGUGGCUAUGUUGUUGCCACCGCAUACGUGAUUUUGAUUCUUUUAAUUAUAUAAAAGUUCAAUUUUAAUCUUCA